AUGAUGAGAUUUAUAUACAACUGGUUGUUUCUCGUGUUCGUGAUAUCGAUUAAACCAUCAUGUGCCUUUUUCGGUCUAGCUGUUAAUGGCUACUAUUCUCCACCAGCAACAAUUGCCUCCAGUUGUUCCAAUGCUGUCACAACGUACAACAAUCUCCGCUCUGCAAUCAGCAGUCUCCAGAAAGUGCAAUACGCGUCACUGAAUCUCAGCGUUGUGGCAAUUUCCUUCUUCGACAGCUAUGAUGGACUUUCAUCACGAACGCAGAACGUCUUCUCUAUUAUCCAAAACGCUGCCACGAACAAAUCAACAAACACCGAUGUUCUGUUUGUUCAAAUCAACAGCGCCAUUAGCAGUGCGCUAAAUUUCAUUGCAUCGAAUAAUCGUAAUCAAUGGGAAAAAUUUCUCGAUUAUACAUUGUCACAUGACAUCAUUACGACGAACGCAUCCUUGCAUUAUAUUUCGCAAAUUCUCAACGAUGAUUUGUAUCCGGAGUUGAUUGCUGUUGGACCUGGACCCGUUACAUCAACAACAGUAGCAGCAAGCAUUUCCCAAAACAUUCUGAAAAAAUUAACCUCAGCAAUAGAUCAGCUUCGACAAACGGAGCAGAACGCGAUAUUACCUUCCGUGCGAUCAGCGGUGUCAUCGAUAACGGCAUCCAAUGAGAAACUUGUAGCUUAUGUCUCGAAAAUGUCAUCAAGCUUUGCAACGCUUGACACCAGUUUGAGCCGAACUUGGGCAUUGGGCACCGCCCUAAAAGAUACGUAUUCCACGGCAACCUUACGCCUUUACGGUCCGGUUGAGACCUCCGUCAACACCUUUUCUAAAGCGAUCAAUAAAUUCACCGACUUGUACCUAGGAUCAUCCGCCAGUGAAGACACAACUGCUGUCAACUACCUGGCCUCUAGUUAUUUCACCAAUGCAUCUUCGCAAACCAGUAUGAUCGUUUCGAAGCUGGACGAAUUCCGCUCACAAUACAGUGACCAGGUCCUAAAGACGGCCGACAUGAUGUUGGCUACCGGAUUUGAAGCCAUCGAAAACAUCGGAAUGCUUAUGGUACCGCUGAUCAAUCUUCCAAACUGUGCCAGUCAGUUGAUUCAAUCGUUCAUCAACCGAUACGCAGCCUUACUCGCAUCCGUGAAAAACUGUUUCGCGGACGGGAGUUUCGAACUGAACGUCCCCUUGCAAACUCAAAUAUCGGUAGCCAACACUAUACAGGCCGAUAUACUGUACUACUUGAAGAUACUGAACGGAUUGCUGACUGGAGUUAACGAUAACAGCUUGGCUACGGCGCGUAUUGCGACGGAUUCUCGCAUUACUGCGUUUUUCAGUCAAUCGAGUGGAAUCAUCCAGACUUUUAGUCAACAGCUGGUCAAUAUGUAUAUCCAACUGAACGCAGAUUACAACCUUCUGGUUGGUCGAUCCAGCUAUUGUCUUGCUGGCAAGAACGCGGAAGCCAAUUCAAUAUCAAAGGAUUUUGUCAGCGACUUCCAGCAGUGUUUAUGAGUUACGGCGGAGAGUACUGUUGUUUUGAUUUGAGAAUAAAAAUAACAAAUGUAUAACCAUA